AGGGGCGGUUAGACGGCAUUGGAAGGCGCCGGAAGUGGUCGUGCAGGGGCGGGGUGGGAAAGGGGCUGGCCAGCCAGUUUAUUUGGCUGCAGCCGGCCGCCGGGGAAGGGCGCUCUCUCCAUCCACUCCGAGAGCCUGGCCCAGUCUGGGGGAUUCGGUCAACAUGGAUUUCAGGGAAAUUCUCAUGAUAGCUUCUAAAGCACAAGGCGUCAACAACGUACCGAAAAGGUAUAGUUUGGCAGUGGGUCCUCCUAAAAAAGACCCAAAAGUUAAGGGUGUUCAAUCAGCAGCCGUGCAAGCUUUUCUCAGAAGAAAGGAAGAGGAGCUCAGACGAAAAGCCUUAGAGGAGAAAAGAAGAAAAGAACAACUAGUGAAAAAGCGAAUUGAGCUAAAACAUGACAAGAAAGCGAGAGCUAUGGCCAAGAGGACGAAGGAUAAUUUCCAUGGUUACAAUGGGAUUCCUAGUGAGGAAAAGUCAAAGAAGAGACAGGCAGUGGAAGGCCACACGAGUCAGGGAACAGACCAAGAGUACGAGAUGGAAGAAGAGGAUGAAUUCCUAGAAUACAAUCAAGCAGCAUCAGAGCAGGAGUCUGAGGAAGAGCCAGAACCUCCCAAAGUUGAAAGCAAACCAAAGGUCCCCCUUAAAAGUGCCCCACCACUCAUGAACUUCACUGAUCUGCUGAAGCUGGCUGAGAAGAAGCAGUAUGAACCAGUGGAAAUCAAGGUAGUAAAGAAAACAGAAGAGCGGCCUAUGACUGCACAGGAACUUAAGGAGCGAGAAUUUCUUGAACGAAAGCAUAAGAAGAAGAAACCUGAGGCAGAUGCAAGACUACCUCCAACCAAAAAGGCACCCUCUCAGAAAGAAAGUGUGGGCACAAAACUUAGCAAAGUUUCUGGGGACAAACGUCCUUCUUCCAAAGGUGCUCCCCUUCCUCACGCUGGGAAAAAAUCCAGACCCAUCACUGCUAAUGAGAAACACUUGGGUUUGUCUUCAUCCAAAUCCAUGCCGAGAGAGAGGACCAAAGCGGGAUCCGGCAGUUGCUCCCAACCCCCGCUUCGUGCAGGCCAUGACAGACCUGUUUUCAAUGGGGCUGGAAAGAUCCACUCAAAUACUUAUUCACCAAGUGUCCCAAAGACUUCUGUUAAAGGGACUCAGAAAUCUGCUGAGCACAAAGCCAAAAAAUCUCCUCCGCAUCCUAGCCAUUCCAGGCCUGGGCCCAUGGUCACCCCACAUAAUAAAGCUAAGAGUCCAGGCAGUAGGCAGCCAGGCAGCAGCUCCAGCUCAGCCUCUGGGCGGCCCAGCAUAGGGACUGCUCGGCCUACAGUUAGUUCUGGCGCCGUGCCUAGGCGCCAGAAUAGCAGCUCCAGCUCAGGACCUGAGCGAUCCAUCAUUGGGACCAAGAGGCCAGCCAGUGACUUAAAUCCUUCUGGACGGACAGUCAGUGGUACAAGUGGCCCUAGACGACCCAUCAGUGGGCCAGGUGCCUCUGGGAGAUCUGUAGUCAGCUCUGGUGGUCCUGGGUGGCCUGUGAAUACUCCACAUGACCUCCGACGACCAGUGAGUAGCUCAGUGCCCAUGAGGCGGUCAGUCAGUGGCCCUGGACAUUCAGUAAGUGGCUCAGUUCCAGCUGGACGGACUGUUGGUAGUUCAGGCCCUGGAAGACCAGUGAGCAGCUUGGGAACUGGGCGAAUAGUUAGUAGUAGUAGUAGCUCAGGACCCCCCUUGAAGCCCAGGUGCACUGUUGUCUCAGAAACAAUUUCUUCCAAGAAUAUCAUUAGCCGGCCCAGCAAUGGACAGAUGAACGGAAUGAAGCCUUCCUUGUCUGGCUACAGAUCUGCCCAAGGUCCUCAAAGGCUUCCCUACCCUAGUGGUUAUAAAAGGCAACGAGACUAUGAAGAGGAGGAAGAUGACUAUGACUCUGAAAUGGAAGACUUUAUUGAAGAUGAAGGAGAACCUCAGGAGGAAAUAUCCAAGCACAUUCGAGAAAUCUUUGGCUAUGACCGAAAAAAAUACAAAGAUGAAAGCGAUUAUGCCUUACGUUACAUGGAGAGUAGUUGGAAAGAGCAGCAGAAGGAAGAAGCAAGGAGUUUGAGACUAGGUAUGCAGGAGGACUUGGAGGAGAUGAAACGUGAGGAAGAAGAAAUGAAAUGCCGAAAGGGCAAGAAGCUGAAAAGGCAUUAGCUGCUGCUUUUAUUUAUUUUUGUGAAAUUCUGGAGACACUCUGCUGCAAGGAAGUCCUGCCUUCUGACUGAAGAAGCCCCUUUAUCAUUUUAGAUUUAUACUUGGGUCCUAAGGAGAAGGAAUGCAUACUGUAUAUUUUGAGCAUAAAGUAUUUUCAAAUACUUUCCAGGGUGAAAUCUGUAAUGCAGAUGACAUCCUGCCCAGUGAGUGCUCUUAUGAGGCAGGUGCCAGCCUUGACCCUGAUGAGCUAUGCAUUCUAGUGUGGGGCUACUUGACAGUCAGCCGAUCUUCCCUGUUCCUUUGCUAGGUUAGAAAGGAAAAAAGAUUGCUUCUUGACUUCAUAAUUCUGCUGAUGCGUGAGUGGGGCAAUGGCCGGCUCCCAAACUUAUUUUCUUUUCAUAAGGAACCUGGCCCUUGCACGAAUGUUGCCAGCAAUAAAGUGACCUGUCCUAAUCUAUGCGUUUGGAUUGAGAACUUGAAAAUGUAGACUUAGAGUAGGCUUUAUAAUUAUCAGAUGGAAGUCAUCUCUGUGACUUUGAAGUGAAAAGUAGAAUAAAUUAUAUUGUAUUCUGUAUUCAUGGAUUGGAUGCUGAGCAUUCUUAUUUGCUAAUUUAGGUGAUUAGGCAAUUAAAAAAUUCUCAAGUUAAAAUACAAGUUAUGCCAUUUAGUAUAAAAAUAUUUUUUUCAAGCUUUCCUUUGUAAAAUAGACAAUGUCAUUUCUGAUUUUUAUCUAAAAAUUCAUUUUUAUAUUGAAGAAAAUAUUUUACUCAAAAAUUAGAGUUGAAAAAGUAAUAGUUUAAAAAAAUAAGCAAGUGACAUGUGAGGCUGCCCUACUGCCCACCCCCCACUGUAAAGCUACUUUGGAAUCCAAGGUGCCCUUGUAUCCCUUAAUAUUAAUGACUUUGAAUUUUUAUCUUAAAAAUUCCUUAGCGAUUAAUGGCAAAAACCAAAAACUAAAUUCAUGUGUAUCAAGAGCACCACUUUCUCUUUUUGCCCAUAUUGCACUUUUAUUUCAAACUAUGCACUGUGAAGAGAUUUUUGCCCCCCAGGUGGAAAAGGAUGUUCGUUAUACUGGGCUUUGUUCCACUUUUCUUUAAGCCCUAGCUAAAGACCUGCUAUCUCUUAAGCCUCAAAUCCCAGCAGUUCCACUCAGGCUGACUUAGGUUCUGGCUGGAGAGAAGCCAAGUCUCAAGGAAAGUCAGCAACAGAAAAUGAGAUGGUGAGAGUGGAGAGCAUUUGUCCUUGAUUCUAAAUGUGGAGGGUUGGGGACAGCGGGACAUAAGCUUGUAGAACAGCUAUACAAUAUUGUGGCUAUUUAAGCCAUUGGGUGAUGAUUAAGAAAGAGAAGUUGUUCUACAAAGAAUCCUUACUCUUCAGUAGGUCCAAAACUUGUUUUGGUGUAUUCCUUUUUAUCCAUCAAGCUUUCUUUAUUCUCCAAGUUUGAGCAUUACAGAUGACCAUCAUCCGCCUUCCUUCAUGGGUCAGCUGUGUGACCUAGUCCCUUAAAACUCUGACUCAUUUUGAAUUGACUUUCAAACUUUGAAAGUGCAAGGGUUUAAUUUUGAAGUUGAAUCCAAUGAAAGGUGUCGUUAUCCCUAGGAAUAACACCCUUUCUAAUGUUCCACACAGACUGUUACACUGGUGGCAGAAAACCCUAUUAACUGCCUCUCACCCAUCUCGGACCUUCAGUGAAGUUGCGGAAAGGGUAGUGAGGUUCCAUGUGAUAAACCAGGUUGGGAACAGCAUUUCCUUUGCUGUCACUUAACGUGGUUUUUCCUCCAGAAGUUUUUAUUCUUGGAUAUAUUUUUUUCAAUAUUCCAAACUCUCUGAUAUUGGCCAUUACAAUCAAGUACUUGUUACAGAUGAAAGAUUUUCGGUGGCUUAAAUUAACUAGCACUUUACUCAGUGAUAUUGAGCAGCCAUUUGUACAGAAAGGCACCAUCGUGCUAGAGAAAAGUUGCAGAACUUGGUGAGGAGUCAGGCUGUGUCCUGUGCCUGUCACUUCUGAGUGCAUUCCUUCUGUAAUGUAGAUGUUAGUUUUGCUAUUAUUUAACAUUGACAUUCAGAAAAAGGCACCUCUGUAGCUCAUUUUUUUUAUAAAAUUGAGUCUUUCCAGUUAGUUUUGGCCUUGUUUCCAAAUGUGGUCUUCCAUUUUGAUCUUUAAUUCCUGACCACUUGUACAAAAAGCUCACAACCUUUCAAGAAACUGGAGUAGGCUGUUAUUUUAUCAGGGUUUACAAAUUAAGUGCAUGACUUUUAAUGUACUCUCUACUGUUCAUUUUCAGAUUUUCCUAAGUCAAUAUUUGAAGAUGUGCCUUUUAUUGGGUAAUGCUAGUUCACGAAUGUAGUAAUGUUAUUCCACAAUUGUAAUAAUGUUACAUGAUCAUGGGCGUGGUGCUCUAACAGAUGAUGUGAAAGGAAAAGAGUUUUCAUAAAACUCAUAUGCCUCUGAUUGCACAGUCCCACUUGCUUUUAAUGUUGCUAUGACAAAGCAAGGGGCACUUUCUUGUAAGGCUACUUCAGAACUUUUCUUAGUAUUUUCUCUAAGCUACAGUAAAAGCUGUUAUGUCCAUCUGGAGGCCAGGGGACCACCUGUCACGGGCAGCUUACCUGUGUGCCGUGAAAAGGUUCAGAGACUGUUAGCAAAAAAGAAAGUCUAUGGGAACUCAAAAUUUUAUGUUUUAAAUGGAAUCCCCAAGAUUUUCUCCAAGAAAUAAUUGACUGUUUUUGUAUUUUGUAACUUCAAAGCAGCUAUUAGUACAUUUCUGAGAUGUAGCAGGAGACCAAAACAUGUUUGGAAAGAGAAUAAAUCUAUAAGAGAGACUGGUUGGUUUAUUUUCAAUGUGCUGAAUAUAUCAAACUACUAUUUAUUUUGUGUGUGUAUGUGAUGAGACAAAUAUUCAGGUGUGUAGUGUAUAAUUAAGAAUGGGAUAUAGAUUUCUUUGGAGUUAUUAAAUCCAUCAUGUCUUUUAUGUAAUGGAUGAAUCAAGUUUAGAAGCAUUUAUAGUUUAGCUUGUUAAUCUGGUGCUGUUGACCUGCAAGAGAAUCUACUUUUGCAUAUAUAGGUGAAAGUUUUACAAUUUAUGUAUGAAGAAAUUGUAGGCAUUAAAAAUAUUUUAU